AUGAACAUGAGCGCGGAAGUGUUCGAUAUCAUCAUUGUUGGGGGCGGAACCGCUGGCUGUGUCUUGGCUAGUCGGUUGUCGGAGAAUAAGGAGAUCCAAGUCCUUCUGAUGGAAGCUGGGAGGGAUCUGACAUCCGACCCGCGAACGAACGUUCCGUCAUUGGGAUCAAGCCUCUUGGCCACGUCCGCUAAUUGGGGCUUCAAGACCACUCCUCAGGCGAGUCUCGGAUCACGCGAAACCGUUGCACCUGCCGGCCGUCUCCUCGGAGGUUCGAGCGCUGUCAACGGCUUCGCCUUCCUUCCGAACUCCAGGGCCAACAUUGAUGCUUGGGCUGACCUCGGCAAUCCCGGUUGGGACUGGUCGAGUUUCACCAAAUCGAUGAGCCUCUUCAGUCUGGCCAAGUCUGCCAAACCAGAUGGUCACAGCCCUCUUCAGCUCACCAUCCCGGACGAAGAUAGCGAGUGGCCGCGCGUAUGGAGGGAAACUCUGGCGAACUUGGGAUACCCCGAGGCCACAGACCCGUUUUCUGAGAAGAUCGUGGGCAGCUUGAUGGGGCCUGAGACCAUCGGCCUUGACAAGAAACGUAGCUUCUCAGCCAACGCAUACCUGAGCGAUUCCGUGCAAUCUCGAAGCAACCUCACAAUCUGGUCCGAUGUCUUGGUUGAGAAGAUUAUCUUCGACAACUCGGAGACUGUGAUUGCAAGAGCUAUUCAGUACAGUGAAGGUCAAGGCCAGCAAACGAAGACUGUUGAGGCGCGUAAGGAGAUUGUGCUCAGCGCCGGAGCAAUCAACUCUCCUCGGCUCCUUGAGCAUUCGGGCAUUGGCGAUGCAGAUCGCUUGCGGCGCCUCGGGAUCGACGUACUGAUUGACAAUCCUAACGUUGGCGAGAACCUACAGAACCAUCCCAUGUGCAGUCUCAGCUUCGAAGCGGUCGGUGAAGACAGAUUUCAGACCAUCGACCAACUCCUACGCAAAGACCCCGACGCCAUCGCUGCUGCCCAAAAGGCGUACUCGGAGGGAACCGGACCGGCGUCCCGCAGUAACCUCAAUAUUCUUGCGCAGCUGUCGCUGCCUGGUAGUACGCCGCUCGACGGGAACCUCGACAGUACUUUACCAGGCAUUGGUUCAGCAACUGAUCCCAUGGGAAAGGCGCAGGAAUCUUUCGUUCGCGCUGUCCUGACUUCACCGAAGGAAGCAUCUGGCUGCUACAUGACGGCCCCCGGAUUCGUGUCUUUCGCUGGCGAUGGGACAGCCGUUCCUCCACCCGUCGGAACGAGCAGAUUCUUCACCAUAGCGGUGCACCUUGCGCACCCGUUAUCCCGCGGAUCAGUCCACAUCACGUCGCCAUCACGCCCGGACUCGUCAUCGGGAGUUUCCAUCGAUCCGAACUAUUUCUCUCAUCCGUUAGACCUCGAAAUCCUCGCCAGACAUGUACAGCUCAUAGAGACCAUCGCCAUGACGGAGCCCCUGUCCAACCAUCUCAAGUCUGACGGCCAACGAGGUCCGGACAUGCCCGCACCCGGGGGUUUCGCUGAUCUACAAACGGCGAAGGACUUCCUCUUAAAGCGGGCGAAAGGUGCACAUCACUGGACGGGGUCUUGCUCGAUGAUGCCGCGAGAGUCGGGGGGUGUCAUCGAUCAUGAAUUACGCGUCUAUGGUUGCAGGAAUCUGCGUGUUUGCGAUGCGAGCAUCAUGCCUAUCUCUCCUCGGUCGAACAUCCAAGGUGUUGUUUAUGCUGUUGCUGAGCAUGGGGCUCAGAUCAUGAAAGCUACCAUGUAG